GUCCCACCAAAAAAAAAAAAAAAAACCUAAAAACCCAAAGAUCUUAAAUUAGAUCUGCAAAAACCACCUUCUCUUCUCAGUCUUAAGAAAAAAACCCAAUCCAAAAACCCAUCGAUUUGGUGCGAUCGAAGGGAAUCUAUGUCAGUGAGGAGUCUGAAAAGCGAAGGAAAAUCAGAACUUCUUAUUUCAUAUUAGUUCGUAAAAGUCUUUGAUCAAAGGGGACUAUUGUCAGGGAAAAAGGGCACGAAAAAGACAGAAAAGUUUGAUGGAUUAGUUUCUUAUAAUUCAGACAGUGCAAUUAGGGAGAUGAAUGAUAUAAUUUCAUAUGCUAGCAAUGUGGAGUUGUAUGUCGACCAUGACAUCAAUAUACCUGAGAUUGUUGAGGGUCCACUAGUGCUCACAGGGGAUGUUUCCAAAGAUGAGGGUGACAAUAGUGGUAGUGAUGUUUCUGUGCAUGGGGAUGAGGGUAAUUUAGGAAGUGAAAAAAGUAGUGAUGUCGAUAGUGGUAGUGAUGAUGUGUCAGUUAUUGACUGGGAGACAAGUUCAGAUGAUAGUGCAUGGUCAUUGGGGAGUGACAAAACUAAUGAUGAGCAAGUCAAUAUUGCUAAGUUGGCUCAGGAGGUUAGGAAGGGAAGGAGAAAUGCCACAAGAAUCACAACUGAUCAAGCUACUAUCCAAGAAGCUACUGUGACAGAUGCUGCUGGUAUAGAAGAAACUACAACAUGCAGUAAAGGUAGAAAAAGGAAAUCUGUUGCUCAGCAUAAAGUUAGACGAGGUGAUGAAGAAGACAGGGAGUCUGAUUAUACAGACAGUGAUAAUCCUGGUGCUUGGGAAUUUCAUUGGAAUUCAGAUGAAGAGGAUGACAUCUUUGUGGAACCAGAUCAUGUUGUUAGCAGAAAUGUCUGUCAAACCUACUAUAACCCAAAAUGGAAGGUCCCAUAUUUUGAUAUUGGGAUGAGGUUCAAAGAUGCAAAGCAAUUCAGAAUGACAGUUUGUAAAUACUCCAUACAAAAGCAAGCUCAACUGCGAAAGGUCAGAAAUGAACGUACUAGGGUGAGGUUUAGAUGCCAAACAGGGUGCAAAUGGGAGUUGUUUGCAUCUUAUGACAGCAGAUAUGAGUGUUUUGUGGUGAAGACAUACUAUGGGGAGCAUAGAUGCUUUAAAUCUUAUGAUAAUGAGCUUGUAACUUACAAGGUUGUAGCAGAUCUUUUUAAAGGAAGGAUUUAUGAAGCACCAUUUACAAAGCCAACCAAGAUUGUUAAAUGGUGCAAGACUGAAAUUAAAGUGAACAUCACACUUGACAAGGCAGAAAAGGCAGAGAAGCAUGUUAUGACACAACUGGAGGGUAGCUAUGUUGAUGAAUACAAAUACUUGAAGAGCUACGCCAAAAUAUUGAGCGAUAGCCAUCCAGAGAAUACUGUUGUUGUCACUGCCAUUGAAACAAGUUCUAGUGAUGCUAGAACUUUCCAUAGAAUGUAUGUCUGUCUGCAUUCCCUAAAGCAAGGUUGGAAGGAUGGGUGCAGAAGGUUAUUUGGUGUUGAUGGCUAUUUCUUGAAGGGAAUAUGUAAGGGAAUUCUGCUAUUUGCAGUUGGGAAGGAUGGGAACAACCAGAUGUUUCCAAUUGCCUGGGUAGUAGUAGAGUCUGAAUGUCUUAAGUCAUGGCAGUGGUUCUUUGAACUAUUGAAAACUAAUUUAGAUCUUGGCACUGGUGCAGGCGUAACAGUUAUGUCAGAUGAACAUCAGGCUGAGCAUAGGCACUGUGCAAGGCAUAUUUAUUGCAAUUGGGCAAAGUUGGGUCAUAGAGGUGAUGAGAUGAAGAUUUGCUUCUGGAAUUGUGCAAAGGCAACAUUUCAAGAUGAUUUCAUUGAUAAGUUAGAGUCACAGGGAUGUGGUGUGCAGCCAAAUGGGGUUAAUGAGUUUGAGGUCAAUGAUGGUGGGGAUCAGCAUGUUGUCAAAUUUGAUGAGAAAACUUGCACAUGUAGAUAUUGGCAACUCUCGGGGGUUCCUUGCCCUCAUGCUUUGGCUUGCAUAAGGUACAAAAGGUGGAGAGUAAAGCACUACAUUUCAGAUUUCUAUAAGAAAGAAAAAUAUUUGGCUGCCUAUGCAUACCCUCUUCAAUGCAUAAGGAAAGGGACAAAAGCAUGGAAAGCUGUGGGUGAAGAAGAGUUGUUACCACCACCUGUUAGGAGCAUGCCAGGGAGGCCGAGGAGAAAGAGAAGAAGACAUAAAGGUGAACCACAAAGGAUGAAGAAAAGGAAGCUUAGGAAGCUCACUGGAAAAGGGAGAAAAAUGACAUGCAAGGUGUGUGGUAAUGAAGGGCACAAUCGGAGAACAUGCCCAUAUAACAAUGAAGAAGGUGUAAACAAAAGAAAGAAACAGGGAGGUGAAGGUGCCUCAACCUCAGGUAGCAAGAGAAAGAGGGCGAGGGUCCCUACAGCCACAGGGAGCUUUAUUGGUGUUGAUGAUGCUGCUGCCAGUAGUGUGCUUGCAAGACCUACCACAACAGAAGGCAAUGAGAAGGCCUAAAUAUUGCUUUUUAAAUGGAGAUGUUUUGUUAGUUACUUGUUGUCUUUUUUGAAUAGUGAUCAUUUAGGGCUAUGGUUUAUUCAAAUUGUGACCAAAUAGGUUAAACCAAUGUCAUGUCCUUAUCUAUAUAGCUUGUAAAGGUGAUGACCAAAAACAACAAUAUAUAUGGUCAUAUGGAUUCACCAUUUUCAAUAUUUUAUAACAGUAAAUUGCAAAAAUAGCA